AUGAAUCGAUUUAGGGCCAAGAAGAAGGGCAAGGAUGAGCUCGAUGCUCCUCGGCCUUCGAUCGAGUCUGAGUCUUCCAGCCCCUUCAGGAUGUUUGGCAAAAAGAAGGCUCCUGAAGAGGAGCCCAAGAAAGAACUUGAUCUUGCAACAGCCCUCCCUUCAACUGACGACUUUCGAACAAGUCUUCUAAUGACUAAUCUUUCAGCAAGAUUCUCUAUGCUUCGAGAACAAGAUGACCCCAAUACCAAGCUCGGUAAAGCCAGCGACGAUAGUGUUUUGUUUCCCAACAGACAAUCGAGAAUGAUGGACUUUGGUUUUGCUGCUGGAUUGGGGGACAUCGCCGAGGUUGAAUCUGUGAAAGCCCCGUUUGCGCGCUCAUCAGUACUAUCAAACGAUGAUACCUCUUCGCUGAACGGAAGCGUCAUGGGCCGCUCGAAGCCUAUCGAAGGAAACAACCUAUUCGGAGGCCGACAAAAAGUCUACAAAAUCGGCGCUGGAGGAAACAAGGGAGCUAUGAGUGGCCGUGUACUCUAUGGCGAUGAUGUAGCCCAGUCUGCUUUCCAAAAGUGGCGGCAAUCAGAGAAGGACAGACAGUCAUUUGAUGACUUGCAACAAAGCGAGUCGCUCGAGUCCGAGAUUGAAAGACCAGAAUCUCCAUCUCAGACUGACUACAAUCACAAGAGGGAAACCAACUCAACAACAUCCUCCGGCCCAUAUGCAGCUCGAGACUCGACAGCCGCUACGUCUGUCAGUUCUUCUCAAAAAGACAGGGAGUCUUUCGCAAACACAUUCCGUACUACCAGCCCGACUCCAAUGGCUCCUCCAACGGUGGAAAGAACUGUGACGCGAACCCGCCGACUGUACGAGCAAAGCCUGAACCAGGACCAACAAGACCAUCAAACAUCAGCACUCUCGAGAUUUGACACCUUGUCGAAGCGAACUAUUGGAAGCCGAACACCCGAUCUGACACCUCCUGUUCCAUCUCCGUCCAGCGCAACGUUUGGUGAUCGUUUCAUCACUCGAUCAGUAUUAGGAAAGGCUAGUGCCCCUAACCUAAGAUCUUUCAGCCCCCCAUCCGAGUCGGUGAACAAGUUCCCCAACAUGGACCAGAAGGCCUUUGGUGCUACACCUCCUCUUAGUCCCCCUAUCAGUGAAACCGGAGAAGUCCAGCCACUCGACAGAAACAUGAUUCUUAGCAGGAACAACAGCCAGUAUGACGAGUCAAGAUUUGCCCAAAGGCAAGUCCAAAUGCAGCGAGGCCGCGAGACCCCCACCACAGGGUUCCGUAACGAUUCAAACCCUUCGUUAUCGGGACCUCGUUCUCGUUCUCCCUCUGUCCAACGUCCAACUGCGGAGAAGAGCGAUUCUGGAUCUUUCCCUACCGUCCAAGAAGAGUCCCAGUCUUCGACCUUCUUCAACGACGACGACGAGGAUGAGAUGCGCAGCCCCAAUAUUAUCACCCCUCAACUUAAUGUUGAGAAACCAGCGGACAUUGAGCACCCCGCUUUGAGACACUCUGCGAUGCCGACGCCGCUGAUCAUUAGUGAUGGUCCUGGAGAUAUAACAUCUGCCAAAGUAAACGACUUGCCCCAUGAUUCUCCUACACUGGGACCCACGUCUGGGGGAUUGAGCGGCAUGGUAAGGCAGCAUCUGCGAUCAGACAGCAACGCCUCAUCGAUCUAUGGAAGCAUGCCCAAUGAUGCUGAUUUGUCCUCCCGGUUCCCUCCUGAGAGACCCGAUGCACACGCUUUUGAGCCCAAGACAAUGGACUCUAAUGCUUGGGAGUCGAUUGAGAGAGACCUGGCUAUGUCGAUAGACGGCAGUGUGACUAGCCCCACCAGAUCUUCCGGCCUUGUGGAAGCGCAAAUCAUGUCUUCACCUGAGCCUGUGCAAGAAUUCAAGCAAGACACUCGCCCACAGCAGCAGGAUGAGACAGACGAAUUCGCCCGUCAUCUUGCCGACGGGGCACGACGUGUGAGGGAGAGAUUGACCUCGUUCGUGGAGUCUGACAGUGGUGCCACUGUACCGGAAGCUCCGCUGUCUGAGCUACCCCCUCCUCCACGCCCGAACGCGUUGGGCAUUCUGAAGUCCAAGCCCAGCAUUGGCUCCAUGGAGAGAGGUCAAGGAGAUAGGGAGGCUGUCAACCAGUCAAAGACCAAGAAGUUGCUUGGUCUUCGAGGCUCAUCACCGGCCUCAGCUAAGGUUUCUCCCACUCGCGAUACUUUCGACGACAGAAUGCCACAAUCUCCCGAGGGAAUGAACGAUGCCGACACGCCUAGAGAUUCCGAAGAGAAGGAAGGCGUUCACGCUGGGCUCAAGGCUUUCCGUCAAGCCCGCAGAGAUCUCCAGAGGAUGAAGGAGCUCGAGCUUCAGCAGCGACGCCAGGGUCCACAGAGCCCUCCUACAAGCAGAGAUAGGGCUCAAACUGCCACUUCAUCGCGAGCACCAUCCCAGGAACGCAGCAGACCACCCCCGGUCUCGUACAAUCGUAUGCCAAGUGAGGAAGCCGGAGCCAAUGGUGGCUCACGUGCCGGUUCUCGUGCUGGCUCUCGUUCUGGAUCCAGAGCACCUUCUGAGCGCGACCGAAGCGGUUCUGAAGCAAGCAACGGAGGACGCUCAGGAAGCCGGCCACCUCGUGUCAGGGCGGGAUCAAGUGCUCGCGACGAUUACCAGGGACCCCUAGGAUCCCCAGUUGGAGUCAACGGAAAACCUCGACAAGGGCCCAUGGUUAGAUCGCCAAUGAUGCCAGGACAAGAAAUGCGACGAUCGCCACACCCUCAAUCUCAACAGCCCUAUCCCGUGAAUGCAUCUUCUGGGCGCUUCGGCCGCUCUGAGAACAGCCUGCACAUCCAUCCUGCACAUGGAUACGAUCUUGGUCAACCGUCGCCAAUCUCGCCCGGUGCCCCAUCCCCCAAGGGUUUCGCUGGCCAUGGUCCUGGUUCACAAAGACCGUAUGGUCCUGGCGGCAUGAUGCGAAACCGAGAUAUGUCGGAACCUUCGAUCAAAUCUUCAGGCUCGCCAAUGGGUUAUCCUCGAUCUGGACCUGCUCCCCUCAAUGGCGGCACAGUUUCUACCCCUAACCUUCACGGCAACGUGGGUGCCCCUCCGCUACCUCCUAUCAACCCUCGACGCAAGAACACAGGAGUUGCACUUGGCGAUGCUACGAUGAACGCUCACCACCUCCCUUCGAGCCCCGGUAUUCCAAUCGACCAACGUGGCCUCCGCGGUGAAGAAGAGGAAGGUAUUGGACACUACCGCCAGAGACUACGCAAAGCCACUAGUGAGGCCAAUGUGAACGCUCGAGCGAGAUCGAUGCUCCAAAAUCCUGCACCGCCGAUGGUUCCCCCGCCUAUGCCUCCUAGCACGAGCAACAACGCGCUUCCCGGUGGCAUGAUCUAG